UCGAAACGCGCAGAAACUUCAGUUUGUGUCGACUUUGGUCAGACAAAUUUAAAUAUUAUGCUAUUUAAGGAAAAUUUGACUUCGGCCGCCCUUUUCACGUACCUCACACUGCUAAUUUAGGGCACGCUCGUAUUCUGAUUCUCUUUGCCGUCGCCGCCGCCGAUUAAUUCACCGUUUUAUUUAGUUGUUGAUACUGACCUGGUGGAAGGUAGUGGCGUUAAUGGCACUUCGUUUUGAGAUCCUUGGGAGAUUUAAUCGUGCUCGUGCAGCUCAGCUUAUACUCCCUCACUAUGAGUGCCAGACACCUCUUUUCAUGCCUGUUGGCACUCAAGGUACUAUAAAGGGUUUGACCACCCACCAGCUUGAGGAUAUUGGUUGCCAAAUAAUCCUCGGAAACACAUAUCAUUUGGCACUACGUCCUACCUCUGAGCUCAUUGAUGAGUUAGGGGGUCUUCAUAAGUUCAUGAAUUGGCCGAGGGCACUACUUACGGACUCUGGGGGCUUUCAAAUGGUAUCCUUGUUGCAUUUGGCUGAUAUCACUGAAAAGGGUGUCACGUUUCAGUCACCUGUGGAUGGAAAGCCAAUGCUCCUUACACCUGAAGAGUCAAUACAGAUACAAAACAGAAUUGGUGCAGAUAUUAUUAUGGCUCUCGAUGAUGUCGUGAAAACUACUAUCACAGGUCCAAGAAUUGAAGAGGCUAUGUAUCGAACUCUUCGUUGGAUAGAUAGGUGCAUAGCAGCUCAUAAGAGACCACAUGAACAGAAUCUAUUUGGCAUAGUGCAAGGUGGUUUAGAUCCUGUAUUAAGGGAUAUAUGUGUCAGAGGUUUAGUUGAACGCAAUUUGCCUGGCUAUGCUAUUGGUGGUCUUGCAGGCGGUGAAGAUAAAGACUCCUUUUGGCGUGUCGUGGCUCAGUGUACUGCUGCACUACCUGAGCAUAAACCACGAUAUGUAAUGGGGGUGGGUUACCCACUAGACAUUGUGGUUUGCAGUGCUUUAGGUGCUGACAUGUAUGAUUGUGUCUAUCCUACUCGUACCGCUCGUUUUGGCACAGCUCUAGUACCUGAGGGAGUUCUAAAACUCAAACACAAGGCAAUGGAAGAUGAUAUGCGUCCUAUUGAUCCCACAUGUGACUGCAUGGUUUGUAAAACAUAUACGAGGGCUUACAUUCAUUGCCUUGUCACUAAAGAUGCCAUGGGAUCUCAACUUCUGUCAUAUCACAACCUAUACUAUAUGAUGAAGCUUAGCAGAGAUUUGCACUCGUCAAUUGUUGAAGGACGGUUUCCAGAAUUUGUCUGUCAAUUUCUGCAGAAAAUGUUCCCCCAAGGUGAUGUUCCUGAAUGGGUCUGCAAUGCCUUGGAGGUUGCUGGGAUUGACAUUUCUUCCUGCUGUGCUCCAUUUUCAUCGAUCUCCAAUAAAGUAGAAGAUACACAAAAUCAAGAAGUGAAACAGUAAUUAUAAACAGUUUUUAACAUAGGAGUUGAAGAACAUAUUUAUACAGAAUUGACGAUAAGAGCAGCGUGUAUUUUGUGCUAACAUGCUGCUACAGGAGGACAGUCAUUCAAGAAAAUUUUGUAAAGAGUGUCGAUUUUUUGCUAAGUAGGUGUCAUUCUUCCUAGCUGUAAGAAAUUAUUCUGCACUACAUGUAUUUAUUUUUUGUCCCAGAAAAUUUUGUAUUGAGCUCUGCUCUGUUCAAGGAAAUAAUUUCCUAGCCAUCAUAAUAUAUUUUUCCUAUUCCCUCCAUUA